AUGAGUGCUGUACUUCAUAAACCGGGUAGAAAAGAUUAUCUCAGACCGUCAAAAACAUUACAAGAUCUCCGUGAAAAAUUAGGUAAGGUCUUCAUUGAUGCCAAGAUAAUAGAAUGUCCUCAAAAUGCAUUUGAAUUAGCAAGACUUCAGAAGAAGAUAGAAGAACUUGAAAAACAGAGGUAUCGCCACCUUGAAGAAGUUAAUCGAGAACAGAGAAUCUUAUAUAACUCCCUAUCCUCUAAUUAUCUUAAUCCGUCGUCAGUCUCCUCACUCAGCGAUCCAAUAGUUUUCGAGAUGGUUGACAGCAUGCUUCCUCCACCAGGAUUCAGAUUUCAUUCCAAUGGUAAUCCCAAACUGGAUUACCUACCUAAAUUCGACAAUACUUCUAGCACGGCUAAAAAUGUUGCUGGUGCUCCUAUUGACAGCAGUCCAAUGGUUCCGAUAUCAAACACAGAAACUUUUCAGCAUAACUCAAGACCCGAAUCGCCAAAUAUAAAAUAUGGUGAUAAUUUUUCCAGCACAAGAUCGUCUCCAAUGCCGCCAUCUACACCACUGAACGAGAGAAAGCAAACUCAGACACCUAGUAUCACUUACAAUGAUGUAGAUUAUGAGCAAGAAAUUCAAAAUCUUGAAAAGAUAAUCAAGCAAUUGCAAAAGGAUAUGACAGUUAAACGAGCAUCAGAUUCGACAAAUACGAAAAGCGUCAAACAGAAACAUAAUUAUCUCAGAGCACAUUCCCGAACUGAUGAAGCUGAGAAAAGUCGAUUUAAAUAUGCACCCAAUCCCAUUUUAUAUCGGCCACCCAACACAACAGAAGGCAAAAGCGAACGCAGAUCUGGUUCCCACAGAUCUAAAUGUCAUGCUUGUCAAAUGAAAUUGAAGCAUUUUUACAACGAUGAGAAGAUAAACAUACGAAAAGGAGCCCAGAAUAUGAGAGCAAGAUGGAACUUGGCACCGAGCGGAACGUACGUACAAUCUCCAAGUUCUGUUUCAGCAUCUACUCGUAUUAAAUCAGCACCUUUAUCUAAUCUCAACUACAAGAGAUAUGUGGACAACCCGGAAUCUGAAGUCAUCUUAAAAACCUAUAUGAUAGAUCACACUCUUACACCUCAAUCCGCUCCUAAUUUAAGAGCAACAUCCGCAAAGUGUCGUACUCCAUCACCAAGCCAAGGCUUCUCAUCAUUAGGUUUCCGUUCAGCUUUUCAGAUCAAACGGUUUUCAUCUCCAACUGAACGUGAAAGUAAAUUGCAAGCUUUCAAAUCUCGAGCUCAAAUUGAGAAUAUUGAAGCAAUGCAAAAGGUUGAGGUAUUUCUUCGCAAAUUAAAGGAUACCAAUUUAAAACAUAAACAAGAAGUGGAAAGCAAGCAGUAUUUUUUCCUAAACGAAUCACCAUAUCGAAAAGCAGUGGUAGCAUCUUGA